GCUAUCCACGCGAAGACUGAGGCAACUAUUUUACGUGGAUUUCCGCUACGCGAAUGACCUGAAGCCGGCUCCGUGUCCCUCUGACUAGACGAUAUAAGCCAGCUGUAAAGGCUGCUAGCAGCCAUGGCGGCCGAGACGACCAGUGAGGUUGUCAUUGAGUCUUUCAACCCGGACUUGUCAGCGGACGCCAAGACCAUUAAGGCCCUGACUUUACAAUCAUUGAAGCGGACAUAUGAAGUCUUCGCGAGCAACUACGGGCAGCCAGUGCCGCUGGAUGAGACCAGCCAACUUAUCAAGGCGGCGGUGAAGUUCCGGGAUGAGUAUGAGCACGUAAGCCACCUGGUGGCGCCGGCGCCAGCGCCCAAACCCACAGCCGCGCCGCCCCCAGGGCCCAGCGGCAGGACGGCAGCGGCUGCGGGCGCGGCAGGGCCAUCCGCGGACGGCGACGCCUCCCGACCGGAGUCGCGCAGCAACCUGGCCAAACUCAUCGAUAACAUCCCCGCCGCGGUGGCCAAGAAGCUUGGGGACGCGCCGGGGGCAGGGCAGCUCACGCUCUACCAGCCGCCCGGCGGUCCAGCGGCGCCGGGCGCCGACGCCGAAGCGCACCAGCGGGCGGUGAUGGCGGUCAUUGCGGACAAAGGUGGUAACAGCAGCGCGGCGGUUUCCCGGCGCAUCGCCAGCAAGUGGCCUCGGCCGGUGUGGCACGCGCCCUGGAAGAUGUACCGUGUCAUCUCCGGCCACCUGGGCUGGGUGCGGUGUGUGGCUGUGGACCCCAGCAACGAGUGGUUUGCCACCGGCAGCGCGGACCGCACUAUCAAAAUCUGGGACCUGGCCUCAGGGCAGCUGAAGCUGACGCUGACUGGGCACAUCGAGCAGGUGACGGGGCUGGCGGUGUCGUCCCGGCACCCCUACAUGUUUAGCUGCGGGUUGGACAAGAUGGUCAAGUGCUGGGACCUGGAGCAGAACAAGGUGAUCCGCUCCUACCACGGCCACCUGUCGGGCGUGUACUCGAUCGCGCUGCACCCCAACCUGGACGUGCUCAUGACGGGCGGCCGCGACAGCGUGGUGCGCGUGUGGGACAUGCGCACCAAGGUGCAGGCCAUGGUGCUCAGCGGCCACGACCAGACCGUGUGCUCGCUGCUGGCCCAGGCGCCCGACCCGCAGGUGAUCAGCGGCAGCCACGACAGCACCAUCCGGCUGUGGGACCUGCGCAAGGGCAAGGCGUCGGCGGUGCUGACGCACCACAAGAAGUCCAUCCGCGCGCUGGCCAUGCACCCACACGAGUUUGCGUUCGCCUCCGCCUCCGCCGAGAACAUCAAGAAAUGGGCGCUGCCCGACGGCGACUUCCUGCACAACAUGCUCAGCCAGCAGCGCGCAAUCAUCAACUCCAUGGCCAUCAACCAGGAUGGCGUUGUGGCCACCGGCGGUGACAACGGCAGCCUGUGGCUGUGGGACUGGCGCAGCGGGCACUGCUUCCAGCAGGACGAGACGGUGGUGCAGCCGGGCAGUUUGGAGAGCGAGGGGGCGCUGUACGACAUGACUUUCGACAUGACCGGCUCGCGCCUCAUCACGGCGGAGGGCGACAAGACGGUGAAGAUGUGGAAGGAGGUGGAGGAUGCCACGCCAGAGACACACCCGGGCCUGCCCUUCAGGCCGCCCAAAGACAUCAAGCGGUUCUAAGCGGAGCCCUGGAGCCCCAGCAUUGCGGGGAAUGCAGGGGCGUAGGAGGAGGUGUAGCUGAAGGAGCCAGGACUGAAGGGUUGUGAAGUGAACUCGGUUGAGCAGCAAGCCAGGUGGCGCGGAAGGAUCGCGUUGGAGCGGAAGCCGUUGGGUAUGGGAGCCGUUGGGCAUGGGAAACGGAGCCAGGCGCUCUAAGCGCGCCGCGAGCGGUAAUGUGUGAUGGAUACCGUAUUGUUGCUACCUGCCGGUAACAAUCUCGUGUCGCUUGGUGUGCAGAACUAGUUACAGAUUCCUUAAGCAGCGUUGUGGGCAGGGGUGGUGACCCUGGGUGGUGACGGGCCUCGACCCACUGUGUGACAGGGCGUGUGAGGUCUGCACUGGUCACCGAUGGGCGCAGCACGUUGAGGCUUCUGGGGAUGCACAGGCCAUAUGGGCCCUUGCAUGUAACUGGCAGCGGAU